CUGCAGUUGCAAUUCGAGAUGCGGCGUCUGCUCUUCGCCGUCUUCCUUGGGAUUUCGCUGGGCAGCCGUGACGCUCGGGCUGCUUGCUAUGUGUGCGACUCGGUCAGCAAUGUGGCUUGCAUCUCGAAAAGCCAGUUUCAGUUCUGUGCAAACAAUCAGCCAAUUGGACCCAUCAACUCCUGCCCGGCGGGCAGCUACUGCUCCGGCCAGUCGACGAUUUGCAACCAGAGCCCGGCACUUAGAGCCUGUGACAGCUGUGGCGAGUGCAAUGAACAGGGCGUCUUUGCCUGCACUGGGCCACGCACCUUUGCCCUGUGCCUGGGCGGUCGUCGGCCCUCAACGACCCUGACGUCUAGCUGCACUGGCGAUCUGGUGUGCAACAUCUAUCUGCGGGAGAUAUGCGGCAAUGCAGCAGUGACAAGUGCCACAUGCGCUGAGCGGGCGACAACCACAGAGCCAAUCACCACAGCUGGCACCACAACAGAGAGCACCGCCCUGUCCCCAGACGCCUUUUGCCGAGCUUCCUUCAAGGGUAUUCCCAUCCAUGCCAUUCCCAAUGACACCGUUUGCACCAGCUACAUCUACUGUCGUUUCUAUAUAAAUACGUGGGUGGGUCGCAUUAUCGAUUGUCCUGCAGCGAAUCCCUACUUCAAUGGCUGGACUCGUUGCUGUGGCACUGUAAAAUCCACUCGACCCGGCUGUCUGCAAGAAUAAAUGCACAGCAUUAACAAGUUAAACUUUUUUAACA